AGGAAGGAGGAGGGCAAACAUGAACACGAAGGAGAGGGUUGAAAUCCGUUUCAGAACUAGAUGUUUGUCGUUUCUGUAGAGUCCUCAACUCUUUCAUUUCGAUUUUCUCCUCUUACUUCAAGAAUUCGCAGAAACACGACAAGAAAAAUCAAAUCUGUAUGGAUUUGGAUCUGAACAAAGCUGCCUCCCGACUGAAGAAGGAGCAGAAAAGUUUGCAAGAGAAGGAGAAGGAGAGGAAACUCAAAGAAAAAAAAAUCCAAGAGGAAGUGAGGAGAAAGAAUCAAGAACUUGAAGAGCAGGCCAAGCGGCGUAGGGAGGAGAUUCUGAAGAAAGAGGCCGAGCUCGAGGCCGAGAAGCAGAAACAAUAUGAGAAAACAGGGGGGGUUGACUUCGUUGAAACGUACAGAGCUGUAGUUCUGGCACGAGAGGAAUGGAGCCAUAGCGACCGAGUUACCCUCCCUCCCUCUGCCUUGAACGCGUUGCAAUUCAAGGGAGCAAUAGAUGUUGGCGGACCUCUGUUCUUCGAGCUCACAACAAAGGAGGGAGGAAGAACACACUGCGGUGUGCUCGAGUUUGUCGCGGAAGAAGAGACUAUUGGGAUUCCUCCUAAAGUGCAGAUGUGCUUGGGCGCAGUAACUGAAGCCAACGAGACGAUUGAGGGGGGAUUUAGCACUAGGAUUCAAACGAAGUAUGUGAGAUUGCCAAAAGGAGAGUCCGUCAGCUUACAACCUCGGAACAAAUCUUUCUCGGACUACAUGUCAUCUCUUGACAUGAAACAAUCCAAACCCGUUUACGAUUCGUCGCGCGGAAAAUGGGUUUUACCAGGAUUAGAGGGGGUUUUACACACAGCUCUCCAGGGGCUCUCAACCCUGACUGUCGGAGAUGUCGUGAAGGUUGUGCACAACGACAAAGAGUUCGAGCUGCAAGUCCUUCAGUUGCAACCUGAAGAUGCGGUGAUGCUUGUCGAUACCGACAUUCAGGUAGACAUCACGCCUUCCAAAGCUGAGGUAGACGAGAUGGAAGCAGAGGAGGCAAGAAAGCGAAGAGAAGCGGAAGAGAAUGAGAAGAAAGAAAGGAUCAUCGCAGACAGAAAGAAGUCCGCUCAGUCCAGGUUGACACCCGAGCCAGCUGGAAAUGAGGCCGAGGAAGCUUGUCAGAUGAGCUUGAUAGCUGUGAAACUUCCUAACGGCAAAAGAAUUCAACGACGCUUUCUCCGUUCAUCCACUCUCCAGAAUCUCUUCGACUUCAUCGAUGCAGAGAGCGAUUUUGCAUGCCCCAAGUACAAUGUCUGCACAGCGUUUCCUCGAAAGCGAGGACAUGGCAGCACAAACUUUUGA